GCAGAGCACGCCAUCGAUCGAAUCGAGCGAACCGAAGCCAAGAAGAGUUUCCUCGUUGCUAGCGCCGCUAAGUAGACGUCGACGGCGAUGGGCAAGAUGAAGAUGCCGGCCCUGUUCCGCCGCCGCUCCUCCUCCAAGUCGCGCUCCGCGUCGCCGCCGACGACCCCUCCCCGGGAGGAGCAGCAGGAGGAGAGCCGGCAGGCCGUCGGGUCCCCGGCGCGGUCGGCGGAGGAGGAGAUGGAGCGGGUGUUCCGCAAGUUCGACGCCAACGGCGACGGCCGGAUCUCGCGGCCGGAGCUGGCCGCCCUCUUCGAGAGCCUGGGCCACGCGGCCACCGAGGACGAGCUGACCCGCAUGAUGGCCGAGGCGGACGCGGACGGCGACGGCUUCAUCAGCCUGGAGGAGUUCGCGGCGCUCAACGCCACGGCGCCCGGCGACGACGAGGAGGACCUGCGGCUCGCCUUCAAGGUGUUCGACGCGGACGGCAGCGGCGACAUCUCGGCCGCGGAGCUGGCGCACGUGCUCCACGGCCUCGGCGAGAAGGCCACGGUCCAGCAGUGCCGGCGCAUGAUCGAGGGCGUCGACAAGAACGGCGACGGCCUCAUCUCCUUCGACGAGUUCAAGGUCAUGAUGGCCGCCGGCUUCGCCACCAAGAUGGCCUGAUCCGUCCGCCCAAUUGGAACCCAUUGGCCAGGGUGGUACCGCGACGGAUCGAGAAAUUGCGAAGGUCCAAUUGAAGAUUAAUGUGGAGCCGGCGAGGCUUGAAGCUUGGGCGUGCUCCCAAGCUCUCGCGUUGGCCGGCCGUCCAGGCUCGGAAAACAGUGCCACAGUGGUGACUGGUGAGGGUGAUUAGCAGUGAAGCUCGUCGCACCUACAUGACAGUGUGGUGAUCAAGGAGAUUCAGGAAACAAAGGAAGAUGUUUAGUGAUGUAAUAUUUGUGUACAUGAGAGUAGGGCUUACGAUUAGGAUGCUCGUUUGUUUAGCUCGAAGCGCGUGUCGCUUGAUAGUGGUCGCUAUUUCUGGCUGAUCGAUCCAUGGGAUCAGGCUAAUGUGCAUAUAAACACUACCAAUCUUCUAAAAAAAUACCUAGCAUUCACCAA